CCAUAUUCGAAUCUUGGGGAACUCUAACGGCCCUCUUCCAGUCCCCAAAUUCGAAAAUUUUGAGUUUCUCUGCUAUAUAUUAGCGUCAUCAAUAUCUAGAGGUGUUUUGAUCGUAGCCUUCUUCUCAACGAUUCUUUUUUUUUUUUUUUUUUUCCUUGGUAACCAAAUAGUUCAGUAAAUGGGGGAAACGGACUCGGAGGUGAUAGAGAUAUCGCCGCCCUCGUCUGAGAAAAAGCUAAGAAGAAAGAUCAGUCAGGAAAGUCAAGAUUUUUAUUUUUUAGUUUCUUCAUACUGUUCUGCAGAGGAAGAUGAGACUUCCAUGAGACCCAUGCUUUGCCUCAAUAGCAAGAGCAGCGUAGAUAUCAAAAGCAUCGAAGAAGUGGAAGACUGCUUCAUCUUGGACUACGACCCAUUUGAGUCCAUCGACUUUACCAAGCUCUCCGUAAACAUUAAUCCAUCUGAUGCUUUUGCUGCUUCUGAUGGCACUAGUGAUCUCUGUGUCAUUGCAGAAAAGGGCCAGGUAGCUUGUAGAGAUUAUCCGCAUUCAAGGCAUCUCUGUGUGGACUUUCCCUUCGAGACAACUCCUCAUGAGAACUACUGUAAGCUGUGUUUCUGUUACGUUUGCGAUUCCGCAGCCCCAUGCAAGUAUUGGACAGAUCUCAAGCUAGCACAUUGCAAUGCUUCAGAGCAUGUUGGAGAUUGGACAUACCAAAGGAAGUUGAGGAAACAGGCAUCAGCUGAGUUCAAAUAAAAUUGUUCUUGAUUAUUUGUGCCGUACCUCAGUUAAUGGUACAUUACAGAGUAAUAUUAUUUUGUUACUAGGCUGUCAAAAGGAUGCUUAGAAUUUAACCUCUGGGUACUUUAGGUAGGUUUCUGAUUCAUACAGAAGUAAUCCUUCAAGGCAGAACAUAUGAGAGUUUUGGGAUGUUCAUGUGACAUGUAGAUAUUCUUAGAUGUAUAAGAUGGAGAGAUUUAGUGCCAAAUGAAAGAAAUCCAUUCAGUGACUGGAAUAUUUAUGGUCUGCAUUAUGUUUU